ACCGUGCUGUAAAUAAGAGGUCUGAUUCGCAGGCUUAACCGGAAAACUGACCUGGCAAAAGCUCUCCGCUUCCAUUUCUCUCAUCGCAGGCAUCAAUACAGCUGUUGUUAUCACUUUUAUUCUUGAUCUGCAAAGUUCUGUUAUGACUAUCGCUAUUCAUGGUUGAAUGUUGACAAACAAGUUUCAGGAUUGUCAAGGAAUGGGCAUGAUGGAGAUCAAAUUAGAAUUAUGAAAUUCUCUCUCCUACACCUAAAGUUUUGAAGGAGCAAGUAUUAAUUAAGAUUAGAAGUAACAGAAAUGUUCUCAUUGUUCUAUGGUCUUUGGAAGUAUAUAUUCAGUAAGACAGAGUUUCAUAUACUCAUUCUUGGAAUUGACAAGGCGGGGAAAACAACCUUUAUGGAGAAAUUGAAAUCAUUGUUCUCAAAUUUAGAAGGCAUCCCUCCUGAUCGAAUUGUUCCUACUGUUGGACUUAACAUUGGUCGUGUUGAAGUAUCAAACUCAAAACUUGUAUUCUGGGAUCUGGGUGGUCAGCCUGGUCUUCGCUCAAUUUGGGAGAAGUAUUAUGAAGAGGCUCAUGCUGUUAUUUAUUUAAUUGAUGCCACUUGUCCUUCACGUUUUGAAGAUUCAAAGUCUGCAUUAGAAAAAAUUCUAAGGCAUGAGGAUUUGCAAGGAGCCCCCUUUUUGAUAUUAGCAAACAAGGAGGAUCUUUCUGAAGCGGUAUCAGCUGAAGAAGUUGCUCGAUAUUUAGAUCUUAAAAAGCUGGACGAGAGGGAGAGGGUGUACAUGUUUGAAGCAGUUUCAGCAUAUAACGGGAUGGGAAUUAAAGAAAGCGUGGAGUGGCUUGUGGAGGUAAUGGAGCGAAGCAAGAGAACAGAAAUGUUGAGAGUUCGGGCAGGUGGAACACCAGGCCCUAGUGCCUAGAAGAAAUUAUAUCAACUUACAGUUGUUUGCCUGACUGUAGUUUGUGUAAAUAAACAGGUUUACAUUAUAUUCUACAUGGCCAAAAGAUAAUCCUUUUUUUGAUUUUUUCACAUAUGCAGAAGUUCAGCCGAGUGGACAAUAUUAGCUGAUAUUUUUAAUUUAAAUUAUUAGGAAAGAAGAGUGAGAGGGGAAGCCAUUCAAUCUGUGGCAAGAAGAUAACGCAUUUGUUGGUGUCAUACUUUAUGCAUUUGUUGAAUUAUGCUACUUAGACCUCUGGUUUUUGAA